GUAAAGGCAACUUUUCAUGAAAAUUCUCAGUUGUCAUUCAGCCAAAUAAAAGAAUAGAACGUAAAUAGAAGUAAAACUUGCCUUUUACAUUAUUGUGGAUUUUGAAAAGCUUAAAAAUGUCGAACGAACCAGAUGUUAUUAAAUUAAAUGGAAUCCCUAGUAAUUUAGAACCAAAAACUCCAUUUUUGAUUGGAGUUGCUGGGGGAACGGCUAGUGGAAAGUCGACUGUUUGUAAACGAAUAAUGGAACAAUUGGGUCAAUCAGAACUAGGACAAGCAGAACGUCAGGUUGUCAGCAUUAGCCAAGACAGUUUUUACCGUCAGUUGGGCCCUGCUGAAAGAGCAAAAGCUGAAAAGGGUCUCUUCAACUUUGAUCAUCCAUCGGCUUUCGAUGAAGAACACCUUCUUGAAACAUUGAAGAAAAUUCUUGCUGGGAAGAAAGUGGUUAUCCCUGUUUAUGAUUAUAAAAGUAACGCUCAAUGUCCUGAUAACCAUUUGGUUAUAUAUCCAGCUGACGUUGUACUAUUUGAAGGAAUUUUAGUUUUCUACUUUCCAGCCAUCAGAGAUCUCUUUCACAUGAAGCUAUUUGUCGAUACAGAUUCGGAUACGCGUCUUUCGCGCAGAGUGGUUCGAGAUAUAACUGAGCGUGGUCGUGACUUGGAACAUAUUUUGACGCAGUAUAUGACCUUGGUGAAACCAGCGUUUGAAGAAUUUUGCUCGCCUACAAAGAAAUUUGCUGAUGUCAUUAUCCCAAGAGGUGCUGACAAUUCAGUUGCUAUUGAAUUAAUUGUUCAUCACAUACGCGAUACGAUUUUGCAGCCGAAAGGGUACCAAUUAUCCAACGGUAACGACGAUUUCAAAGAAAAUGGUAUAAAAAGAGCGUAGGUUUAUGUAAAAUUAUAGGCCUCAUAUAAGUACCAAUUAUCCAAACUUCUACCACCAAGCAUGUCUUACUUAUUAAUUGGAAAAAGGUUUGGUUUUCUUUUCGCAUUUACUUCUUUCCAAAAAAAGGUGCUCAUCAUUGGGCCAUAUUAUUUUAUAUUAUUUCGAUAAUUUUCCACAACGUUUCACACCAAACCAAUAUUCGGCAGAAAUCGUGCAAAAUGGUAACAAAUAGUAAUAUUUGCAGUGCAAAUUUAAUUGCACCAUAACAAUACAUGGAAAAAGUGCCAAAACAUGAUCGAAUUUACCUGGUGUCUGAAAAAGGUCCACAUAAAUCGAAAAAUCGAAAAUACUUGAUAAUUUUGACUUGAAGCAGAUCCAUGAUGGAAAUUGCUCAGCACAGUUUCAAGUUCAUAAUUUAGAUUAUGCGAUUACAAAUUAUUGUCUGCAUUAAAACAAUAUUGUCAUUUUAAAAAUACUUAUUUUUCUCUUAAUGCAUCUUAUUAAUUAAAAAUUGUCGAUAUAAUGUCUGUGAAUAUAUUUGAAAAGAACGUAUAACUUUUUUACAUAUUUUUUGGUGGUGAAUUCUGGCUAACUAAUCAUACAAGAUAAAACACAACUAUUGUAAUCAGCAAUGUUGUAAAACCAGCACUUGAUGUUUUUCUGCUGAAGAAGGUUUUUUGUUAUAGCUCACCAGUUUGCAUAAUCAUCUAGAUAUGAUGUGAAAGGUACAUGUUCUUUUCAAAUCAUCUAAUUGAUAAUUCUGCAGAGAAAUCUUUUAAAACAUAAAAAAAUACAAAUAAAUGAAAUAUUUUAUAAGUUUUCAUAAUAAAAAAAAGAUAUUAUAUCUAGAACUUGAACUAGAAAAAAGUGCAAGAUCACUACUUUUUCAAGUGUGAAUUUGCCCACAAACCAAAAUAUUCAUCUUAUUUAGCAAAAUUAAGACCAUGUUCAAAUCAUCGAAUUUCUAAAAAAUAAAAAAUAACUAAUUGGUUUCUAGCCGCCAAAAUUUGGCGCCAAAAAUAAAAUCAGAAAUGUUUCAACAACCAAAGUAAAUAAAACAAACAUGAUCAUUUAACAAAAUAUUAUUAUUAAAAUGUGAAUUGUCAACAUAAAGCAUAGCAUGUUAUUUAAGCCCCUAUAUUGUAGGGUGGACGAUACAGCAUAGCAUAAAUACAAUAGAAAUAUAAAAAAAAUAAAACCAGUUCAUUACACGAUCAUUUUAUACUUACUAAAAACAUUGAUUUUUUCGACAAAAAAAAAA